AUGUCUCAAAAAGCAGAAGAGGUUCUUCGCCUGACUAACUCUGGGAAUAUUAUGAAUGAUGAAUCACAUCUUUCCCAAACCUUACAGAAUGCAAACACUUCCGAAAAUAACAUCUUCUAUGAACGGAAUGAUCAACUCAAUACCGAUCGUAUGUUGAGUGAGAGUGGUGAAGGUGGAGGAGCUCGAGAUUUCGUCAAGGAGCGUUUAAGGAGCCAUGUAUUUGGAGAGAAGAAUUCGAGUGAGGAUCAAUAUGGACAACGAAUGGAAAGUACACGAACACCACCUCCUGCUGGAGAAGCAGCCAUAGAAACUGUAACUUCAUCCAAUCCUAAUAUUUAA